CAAAGACGCCGCAAGACGGAGCGGAGUAUCCCGACGGCCGAUCCGAAACCCCGGUACCGGCGCCCAGAUCUGGCCGCCGACUUCACUUCUCCCCCCUGGGCAGCUCGAGGAGGAUCGGGACGUGAGAGAGGAGCCUCUUCCGCUCCUGGAAAACCGUGUGGCCGAGGUGAUUCGGCAGACGGUAGUGGUCGGACCGCAGACCUCAGAGUGAAGCGGAUACCCCCCCCCCUCCUCCCCUCUCCUCUCCUUCCCUUCCUGAAAACCACGACCACCCGCGAUUCAUAUUUACCGACAAAGCCAGCGGUCAAGAUGGGUCACCCAGUUUGACUGGAAGCGCCGCCUGACCUGAGUUCCAGGAGGAGGAGGGGGCGGCCUUGAGGAGGUUGUUCAUUCGGGAAUGGUGUGAGCUGAGACGGUCAGGCAGUCUGGAUCUCACCGGGGACCCGUCCUUCCCCCGGAGCCUGCGCGGCUCCAAGCCGCGUCCUGAGCCCUCCAAGAUGGGGAAAUGCGAUGGGAGGUGCACGCUGCUGGUGAUCUGCUCCCUGCAGUUGGUGGCAGCUCUCCAGAGGCAGGUGUUUGACUUUCUGGGCUACCAGUGGGCUCCCAUCCUGGCCAACUUCCUGCACAUCAUGGCGGUCAUCCUGGGCAUGUUUGGCACUGUGCAGUUUCGCUCCAGAUACCUCAUCUUUUAUGCAGUGUGGCUGGUCCUUUGGGUGGGCUGGAACUCCUUUAUCAUCUGUUUCUACCUGGAGGUUGGACACUUGUCACAGGACAGGGACUUUCUCAUGACGUUCAACACAUCCCUUCAUCGCUCUUGGUGGAUGGAGCAUGGUCCUGGUUGCCUGGUAACACCGGUGCUAGACUCUCGCAUCGCCCCCGAUGACCACCAUGUCAUCACUGUGUCCGGGUGUCUCCUUGACUACCAGUACAUCGAGGUUUUGAGUUCAGCCCUUCAGAUCCUACUGGCUCUCUUUGGUUUUGUAUACGCCUGCUACGUGAGCAAAGUCUUCCAGGAUGAUGAGGACAGCUUUGAUUUCAUUGGUGGCUUUGACUCCUACGGCUACCAGCCCCCUCAGAAGUCCUCUCAUCUGCAACUGCAGCCUCUUUAUACGGCUGGUUAGGUGUUGGUAGCGCCCCCUUCAGGCCAAACCCUGACGGUGUCACUGUGGAUGGAAUGCGGUCGCCCUGAUAACACUCACUAUGUGUGUCACAGUUUAACCAAGGAAUGGACUUACACCACCCAGAGGGAGAGAUGUGUGCCUGUGUGAGUGUGUGUGUGUAUGUGCGUGCGUGAGGGUGUGCGCGUGUGUGUCGGAGAAAGAGUAAAACAACCCUGAAUAGAAUGUAUAGAGCUCAGGGAUGAACCAGCAUGCCAGGUAGUGAUGUGAGGGAGGGAGGGAGGGAGGGAAGGGGGCACCUGCGGACGAGAGCUGGGGACAUUUCUACCAAGCCACCGAGGACACACACUUCACUCAACUGCCAGCUCUGGACACUCCCACAAGUACGUUGUGUGUAUGUGUAUGUAACCCCGCGGGACUAGCUGGUGCUCACAGGCUGCACCUUGGACUCUAAGCACGUGGUGUCCCUGUGCAUUUUUUUUUUCUUUUGGGGAUGAGGUAGGGUGUG